AUGGAGCUCAUCCCGGRCAUACUACCGCCAUCGCGAGAGACGUGGGAGUGGAUCGCUUACGCGUGGCAGUUCUUCCCUCUCUUGACCGCCGGUCAAUGGUUCACCGACUUCCAUCCCAUGGGCAAGGGAUCCAUUGAAUCAAAGUGGAACAUUCCAGGAAAAUGGGCAUGGCUGAUCAUGGAGGUUCCUGGUUUCAUGACAGUGCUCUACUGUAUGCUCACCAUCCCGGAGAAGGAAGGUCUUGCUGGACUUYCGUGGGCCAACUGGACCAUGGCCGGCAUGUACACGGUCCACUACAUCUAUCGGGCAAUUCUGUCCCCAUUGGUGCUGAACCCAUCCAUGUCUCCCAUCCACCCCUACGUAUUUGUAUCUGCUUUUGCCUGGCAAGUCAUCAAUGGCCUCUCCCUCGGUGGGUGGCUCGGCGGAUACGGCCCGAGAACGGUUUACGACUGGUCCGGCAGACUCUACGAGAUUGAAGUCGGAAUGGUCAUCUGGGGCUGGAGUCUUCUCGGCAAUAUCUUCCACGACGAUGACUUGAGAGAGAUCCGACGCUCCGCCCUUCGCCGGCAAAAGGAACAGGCCGAGAAGGAUGGCAAGCCCAUCGACGGCGUCGACAAACUCUACAUGAUCCCAAAGAAUGGAUUGUUCCAAUUGGUGCUCUACCCGCAUUACCUCUGCGAGUGGUUUGAGUGGGCGGGAUUCUGGCUCGUGGGCGGCCUGCACUGCGUUCCAGCCAGGAGUUUCCUCUUCAACGAGAUAGCCGCCAUGCUUCCACAAGCCGUGGCCGGCAAGAGGUGGUACAUCAAGAAGUUUGGCAAGGAGCGCGUGGGUAAUCGUAAAGCGAUUAUUCCGGGAAUUUUGUGA